AUGUCUACCGACUUGAUCGACCUUGGUCACCAGGUGUAUUUAUUUCCUCAAGCCGCAUUUCACCUCGUCUGGUUUCAGGAUCCAGCGAAGGAAUAUACCUCUCAGAUGACACCAUGCUUGUCAAAUGCUGCACGGGAUUGUCUGAUUGAGGAAUUCCGUUACGCAGAAAAUGCAGCUCCACCUAGCGCCUGCAAAAAAACAUUCUUGAAGCACGAACUUCAGUUGUUGGGUGCAUGCCACAUACAGAACAAAUCUUGGGGAGAUCUAAAGCGUACAGAGUACAAGUAUCAUGUAUUUCUCGGUGGUGCUUGCAAUCCAACUACCUGGCGUGUAGACACAGCUAUUCCGAUUCUCGAGGAACAUGAUAUUACUUAUUGUAAUCCGCAAGUCAAGGAGUGGUCUGAGGAGAUGGUGAAAAUUGAGGCGGAGGCGAAAUCAACUUCGGUGGUUUUCCUCUAUGUAUUCGAGACUUGGCGGACUCGCGCCAUUUCGAGCUUUGUAGAAGCAGCUUCACUGGCUGGUCGAAACGCCAGAGUGGUAUUUGUCAUCUCCAAUACUUCGGGUUCAGAUCCACCCCUUAUUUGCAAUGAACGAAUAUCUGACAUGGAGUACGCCGAGUUGAAAGAAGCACUCUACUAUUUACAACAUCUUGCACGGAUUCGUGGAUUGUCCGUGUUUUAUGACCUUGAAGAAGGUCUGAACUAUGUAAUAGAGAUCGUAAAGGAGCAUCGCAUCAGGGAAGACCGGAAAGCACGUUACACCGGUCUUAUGUCCGAUGAGGAGCUUUCUGUUUUAAGCAGGGUCGAGUCAGUGUGCCAAGUUUUUCGUUCGUUGCGGAAGUGUGAAUCCGGCCGUGUCACUCUGGAGGAGGCUCGUCUAGGAUUGCUGAGACUGGGACUCGAUUUGCCUUGUGUUCCUUCCAAUUGGACCGAAUCCAAAACGUUAAGUUUUGAGCAGUUUUGUCAGGCGUAUACAGCUUACGUGUUGGAACAUUGCGGAGAUCAUUCUGAUUUGAAUUCGCCUCUACUGGCGGAUUACCAGCCCUGUAACUUCACACUUGACUUGUAUCUGGGCUCGUCCGAACUUUCCAGGCAUACUGACGUUGAUUCAACACUUAGAUUGCUCAUCGAUUCGUACCGAGAAGUAUUACCAUCGCUCCGCACGAAUCUUCAGGUGGACGAGUUUUGCCCUUGUAGUGCCAAACAAACCGAAGAAAACCUACGUUUUUGUGCGAGGAUUCGUGCGCACAGCCGUUUGUUACUUUAUUACGUGGAUUCUAGUUCGUUCAGUGUCCGAACAAUGAUGGAGGCCAGCUUCGCUAUUGGAUCGGGCCGAAAGGCGGUUUUGUGUGUGGAAUCACUUGGGGAUCGAAUUCGUUUGAGGGAUUUUGUAGACCCUCCAAUCGAAUCCUGGAAUUCCCAACCAAGUGCGCGAUAUCGGACGAAGCGUAAUUUGUCAUCUGAUAAACGGAAGCUGGAUGGCUUGAUGUUGCACCUUUCUCAUCGUAAUGUUCAACCCAGUCUGCCACCAUCACCUUUAACGGAGGUGCAUUGUGUUUCCGGUGGCUCAGAAUCUUCUGAGCAUACGGGAAGCGCCGGCAGUAGAGUUAGCUCAUCUACCAAUAGCUCCCCCUUGGCGAAAUUAGAUAAUACCCUACCGUGGGCGUCUUCGUCCGAUUCUGGUGUGAGUUCGAAUCCUAGUCAAUCGUCGAGUCCAGACCCGGCCUCACUGUCAGUCCUCGAUUCCCUGUCAAUCAGGACUCCAAGUCCUUGCCUGGAUACGGAUUCACACGCAUUAACCAACAGAACAGGGUCUAACUUCUUGCUGGUUUCCCAAUCAGCGAUAAAUGACUACAAUCGUGGACGUCGUUACUUGCAGUCAGUCUGUGAUGAAUAUCAUCUUCCGACCACAAGCAACUUGAAGGACGCGAUCGACAAGUGCUUCUCUAUACUGUAUCCCAAUUCAGUCGAUGAAAUCCCGGCCAUUUGAGAUUUGUACUAUUGAAACACCUAUUCUUGUUAGGUUGAGACACUGUGAUAAUACGAUGCGGUGUUUCGUGGAAUCUUGUUCGUUCUCUUUCCGGACCUCGGUUUGACUCACCAGUCCUUAGACUCCACUGUCUUCAUCCGUUGUGGCCAGUUUCCUCGUGGUCGCACUAUUUGCGAUUCACUUCAUAUAUACAUACACAUUCAUACAUAUGCUUAACACUUACUGUCCUCUUGUACGCUUCUUAAUCAGUUUCUUUCGAUAAACGUUUUUUAUACUUU